GCUGGAUACCCUUCUUUACCCAAACUGCCUUUAAAACUUCCCUACGGAGUACCCUAGUCGCAUGUCCAGGUAGACGCUAUAGUUAUUCGCUUGGCCUACUAUUGAAUGUUGCGAUCACUCUCAUUUCUAUUCUUAUUUUUUUUUUAUAUUUUUGACUUUCACUAGCCCCCAUUCUUCCUUUACUUAUCUUAAGCCUUUCCUUUCCCUAGCUGCAACGUACUACUGAUUAUACGUUGUUGAAUCACAUCACUAGUAUACUCAAAACGCAUCCCGAAGCGCUAUGAAUCAAAGCACCUUUGACAUACAGCCGAUUGGCCGCUUCUAUGGAUCCAAUGCUACAAUUCGCCGUCCUAAGGAGAUCACUUGCUUUUCAUAUGACGACCAGCACAUCUUUCAUUUAGGGGAUUCAUCCCUACGAUACUACUAUCCACCACGUCUUCCUGCAGACUUGAAUUGCGGUUAUGAUACCUUCCAAAAGUUGGACGACUCAGCAGAUGAGCAUCUAGAUGCUCUACUGGAAACGAUCAUGGCUUUAGAAAAGGAGACAGGGAAAAAAUGUGAGGCCGACAUCAUCACGUGGAGGGGAAUGAUGACCAAAAUCCUGACGGCACCAUUCGACAAUUUGAAUGGAUUCGAAAUGAAUGCGACCCGGUUCCAAGAUACUAUAUUUAUUGAAGAGAACAAUCUCUACAAGAACCAGCAAAAACAGUUACAAAAGAAUCAACGAAUGCCCCCAGGGAUGCCUUCUCAGGAUAUGAUGGCCUAUUGGGGGUACAAAUUCGAAACAAUAUCUCUUCUCAACCAGCCAUGGGACCCGACUACACGUGAAGAGAUUGAAUCCCGAGAUGAGCUGGCUGUGAACAACAACGCCCAAUACUGUUCAGUUGUACGUACAGGAAUAGGCAAGACGCGACUGAUAAUCGGGGGCGAGGUUGAUGCCGUCUGGGAUUGCAAGCCUGCUCGAAAAGAAGACGGUAUCCACUGGGUGGAACUCAAAACAUCUGCAGAGAUCAGGAAUGAUCGAGACAUGUUGAAAUAUGAGCGGAAACUGUUAAAAUUCUGGGCACAGUCAUUCUUGCUUGGUGUUCCCAAAAUCAUUGUAGGUUUUCGUGAUCAGCGUGGUAUCGUCCAUCGCUUAGAAGAGCUCGAGACUGCCAGCAUACCAAAUAAAGUCAAAAACGCUGGUAGGGGUACCUGGGACGGGAACAUUUGCAUCAAUUUCACUAGUGCUUUUCUCGAAUGGCUAAAAUCUACUAUUAAUGAGGAAGGGAUGUGGAGAAUUCGAAAGCUUGAGAAGUCAUCCAUUAUUGAAGUAUUCAGACUCGAAGAGAGUGGAACGGGUGAUAUAAUUUCGCCAUCAUUCUCAACCUGGCGGUCAAAGACAUGAGGUCUGCCAGUUCUAUGCCAUGAAUUUGUCUCCAUAUGCUCAUUCGGGUUCGAGGAUGCUGAACUAUUACAUGCGUCUAAAAUCAAGCCCAGUCCAUCCACCGGUCUUACUUAAGAUUUAAUAAUCAAGGGGGAGACUGCGACUGAUUCACCAGUUAUGGUAGUCAUGCACGCAUUAUGUGGAGCCGGUCAAGCACUUACAGGCAGACGUAUGGCAACGUUUGGCAUGGUAUGGCCCAAAUCGUCAAUCACUAUGGCGACAAGAUUUACUACGCGAGCGCAUUGGCACAAGGGAAGAGAAUGAGAGAGCCCAGAUCGUAAACGACUGGUCUAGAAAAUUCGAGCUCAAUAGGAUUGGAUCGCGUUCUUGAUGCUCCUGAAUUGCGUCAUUCGAAAUGUCGAAAUAGUAAAGGUUACAAUUUGUUCAACAAAUCGGGGAUGUUGUUACAGUUACUGUUGGUAGUCGACCAAACCCAGAUAAAUUUGC